CAUCCUCUGCCUCCUCUUCCUCUCCCUCCUCUUCCUCUACCUCCACCACUGCUCCCUCUGCUGGUCCCCCUAUGGAGCGGGAUGCACUAAGGCUGGUCCUGCUCGGUAGGUCUAGUUCCGGGAAGAGCACUGCUGGGAACGCCAUCCUUGGCCGGCAGGAGUUUAAGUUGCGUCGGGCUGGUACCUUUGGGUCCACCACAAAGCAGUGUGGGAGGGGGAUGGCUACUGUUGGAGACAAACGGGUGGCCGUGGUGGACACCGCACCCUGGCUGUGGUCCGACUGUUCUGCAGACGAGGCGAGAGCCCACCUCUCAUCCUGCACGGCAUUGUCAGCGCCAGGUCCCCACGCUUUCCUGCUGUGCACGCCUAUCACGCUGUCCGGCCACUCCACCCUGCGCUCCCUGGCUGCUGUGGAUGCCACGUUUGGCCCUGGCGCCGUCCUGCACCGCACACUGGUUCUCUUCACGCACGCGGACCUCAUGGAGGAUGGUGCCGCGCAGGGGCCCCCUGACGUGGAGCGGUAUAUCACUGCCAAGCGGCCCGAGAUGCUGGAGCUGGUAGAGAGGUGUGGCGACCGCUACCACGUGCUGGAGGGUGAGCGGAGCGUGGACCAGCUCCUGGAAAAGGUGGAGCAGUUGGUGAAGGAGGGCGGGGGGAGCUGCCACGGCUUCCAGCAGCUUCCCGAGCUCACGGAGCCCUUCAGACAGGGCUCAGCCGCUGUUGAGGGAACGAUGCCUUUCCGAAGAGACAGGGGAGGGGUGGAGCGGCUGGUGGAGAUGGAUCGAGGCAUCUCGGGCACUCUCCACGCUCUGAGAGAGGAAGAGGAAGAUGGGGAAAAGGAGGCAGGACAACAGAGAGUAGGGCUGGAGAAUAGCGGGAAACUAGAGGAACCUGGCACCUCGCCCUCGUCUUCUUCACGGCUAUGGUCCUUCCUCAGUUUCAUUGGAGGGAUGGCAGGAGCAGGUGCCAAGCGUGUGCCUAAGCCAAUAGCUGGAGGGGCGCUGGUCGGAGGAGCAGUGGGACUGUUUUAUGGAGGACCUUUGGGAGGCGCUGUAGGUGCUACAGCAGGAUCUGUAGCUGCAGAGGUGGGGAGAAGAAAAUUCAGCAAAAGCAAAACAGACUGACACCACAGACUUCCAGAGAGCUCGGGCGAUUUCAGGAAGCAGAGUUUUCUUGGUUAGCCUUGUAACUUAAAAUGAUUCUCCACUGAGAAACCUUCUCCUACUUUUUCCCAGCCAGAUAACACAAAUGAUAUGAUCCAAAGCCCUCACUGACUAGACUGGAAAUGGACAACUUUAGCUGAUCAUUUCAAAACCAGGCACUUCCCAGAUUUUGAGUACUGAUUUAAUUUCAAAACUGUUUAAAAGCAGAAGGUGUACGGGAACAUAUCCUGUUGUGUUGCCUUUUUCUCCAGUUAACCAGGAAAACCAGUUUAGUGAAAUAUCCUGCUUGUAUAUUGCUUAUAUUGUUGCAUCUAUUGAGUACAAAAAGCACCACAUCUCAGGCAUUUAUAAGUGUUGUAUUCAGUUCAGCUUAAGCCUUGUUGUGUGCAUUAUUUAUACUUCUGUCCCAGUUUCUGUCCUAAACUAAAAACAUGAUCUCAUAUGAGAAUACCAAGCAGAUGUGUAAUUUAGUGAAAGACUAGUCUUAAUGUGUGCCUGAAGGAAGCAGCUAUCAGCUGAGUUGGAGGCAUCGGCCUUCAGACAGGGAAAGUCAAAGCGCUGCCCUGGAACUAGAACAUAAUGACGUAACCCUAACGGGACCUACCAAGACUACCAGGACUACUAGGAGUUGAAUAGGCCUGGUCUGUUGAAUUCUGUUGCCAUACCUCUGCUCAGAACAAUAGUGUUGGGAGCUGGACACACUCUGAAUGGGAGUUAUAAUCUAAGAACAGUGCAUUGUAAAGUUGUAGCAUAGAAGGCAACAUUAA